AUGGGACAUCAUUCAUCAAAACAUCCUAAUGAUCACAGGCGCACACCUUCGCAACCAUGGCCAACAAAAACGCCAGGAUUGCCGGCAACCAAAUCUGAACCAUCAAAUUCAACACGACAUUAUGAUUUGUCCAACUUUGCUGUGAUUACAGUCAUUUUUAAUCCAGUCAAAUUCAAAACUCGUUAUGAUCAUUAUCAGAGAUUUGAAGCGCAUAUGUCUGAUUCUGGUGUAUACUUGAUUACAGUUGAAUGUAUAUUUGAAUCUGCACAGCGUUUUGAUUUACCUCGACAAACCUUUGAGGUGACUCGUGCUGGUGAUCGUCAUCAUAUACAGUUGACUGCUCCAUCUAUUCUAUGGAUGAAAGAAAAUUUAAUCAAUAUAGCUGUUCACCGUUUACCUCAAAAUAUUGAGUAUGUUGCAUGGAUCGAUGCUGACAUAGAAUUUGAUCGUCUUGAUUGGCCUCAUCUAGCUAUUGCUGAAUUACAACGUUAUCCAGUUGUACAACUCUUUGAAUUAUCUUUUUUUCUUGGUCCAGGUGGAAAGAAAGACAUUCUACGUCGUGAUUACUCGUUUGGUUAUUCGAUCAGGAAAAAUAAACCUAUUGAUCCACAACGUUAUAAUGAAUGGUAUCCUCAUCCAGGUUAUGCUUGGGCAAUGCGUCGUUCAACAUUUAACGCAAUGGGAGGUCUCCUUGAUUUCUGUAUCAUUGGAUCGGCUGACUUGCACUUUGCUUUUGCACUUUUAAAUCGUAUUGAAGAAACAAUGCGACCGAGUUUACAUCCGGAUUAUCAGAAACUAGCAAUGAUAUGGGGAAAUCGAGUUGCGCAGGUGGCUCAGAACGGUGCGAACGUCGGAUACUUACCCAUCAACUUGUGGCACUUUUGGCAUGGAGAUAGAAACAAUAGAUCCUAUGUCAAUAGAUGGUUAAUUCUCGAAAGACAUCAAUAUUCACCACCCAAUCAUCUAGAAAAGAAUGAUGACACUGGUCUUUUGCGUCUCGCCUAUAAACAUAAUUUUGGGCAUCCUGAAUUGAUUGCCCGUAUAGAAGCUCUUGAACGUGAUAUUGUAAAUUACUUUAAAUCACGCGACGAAGAUAACAAUGUAAAACGUACUCCAGCUCAACCUCCAUCUAUUGCCAAGAAAACACCCUUUAUAGCGAACAAAACACAAACUCAUCGUAGUAAUGCAAGUAAACCUACAGGAUUUAAAUCAAGUAACUGGCGAGCCGGUGGUGGGCCACAUAUAUGGUCUUCUGGUCCUUCCGGUACACAUGUAGAUGAUGACGAUCCAUACUUGAAUCAAUGUACUUGUCCUGGGCAUCACCAUCAUGAUAACCAUAAUUGUCCAUGUUCAUCUCAUUAUAUAGAUGAUCAACACUGUUGGAAUCCGUCACAACAUGAAGAUCAUCAUCAUCACCAUGAUGACCAUCCAGACCAUUGCUAUCCAUCCAAUGAACAUCAUCAUCAUCACCAUGAUGACCAUCCAGAUCAUUGCUAUCCAUCCAAUGAACAUCAUCAUCAUGACGAUCAUCAUCCUGACUAUUGUUCUCCAGUCGAUCAUCACUUCGGACAUGAACAUCAGUCCCAUGGAGUUUCGAGUAAUAUUGAUAAUUAUGGUUACAAUUAUGAUACUACAUCUGGUGCAGCAGGAUUCACUAGCAGCGGAGGAAAUGAUUAUAGUAGUGGAGGCGGAUUCACUAACACUGAUUAUGGUGGCCCAGGAAGCUUCUACUGA